AUGCACGAUCAGACUGUUAUUAGCGCUUCGUAUGGAAUAUCUAAUUUAAUCCUGCAACACCUUCAACAGUUCUAUGAGAGAGCACGUGCUUCCUUCUGGCACUUGGUACAGAGCUCCCUGACUAGCAAGCUUCUAACAGCCAAGGGAGUUGGCUGGAAGAUCUUUUUGUACAGCGGCUGGAGUCUGAGAAGGCCAAAAAACUUAGUAACCAAACUGUCCCACAGUCUGCGAGCGCAAGCCUCCCCAGAGAGCAUUUUCACGAACCACAGCAUCUUAGAAGGGACAACACUUACUCUCUCCUCUCGUAGGCAGAAUCCGCUGGAAAGUUCCUGGAGCACCAAGUUUGCGCAGCACCGGCGCGCUCGAGUGCGCGCUGGCCGCCCGGGCGCAGGCGGGAAGGCGAAGGCGAAGGCGAAGGCGAAGGCUGCUCGCAGACCACGGCCCGGCGGGACCACACCGCCGCUCCCCAGGGCCUGCCCCGCUCAGCGCGAGGACGGCGGCUGCGCCCUGCGCUCCGGGCGGGCGGGAGACGCACGGAUCCUCUCCUGGAAGGCAGCUGCGAACCGGGACGCCGAGCUCAGCGCAAAGGCUCCAGCAGCCAAGGCCGGCGGGUGUGGCCGGGCGGCAGAGGGGUUUUGGAAUGCCGGGUGUGGCCCUCUGCCACGGCAAAAAAGAAAUGAGUCAGCCUGUUCAAUCCUAACCAAUAAGCAUGUUCACUGUCGGUUAAGGCGGAACUUUCCUUUCUUGAUUUAUAUCAGGCUUAGCAGUCUUUCACAGCCUUUUUUCUUUAAGCCUUUAACAACUUCAGCACAACUUCUAGAAAGUGGUAGAUUGCUCUUUAAAAACUCUUAUGAAACAAGGAUUAAAGUUGUUAUGAUACUUAUCAGUAGAUGUCCGUUCGUUUUUAUAGUAAAAGUUUUUGAGUUAGGUAGGGACUCUGAGUGA